UUACUAAGACCGUUGCUAGCGACAUCACUGGAGGCUAAGAGAGACCUUGGGUUUCACCCCUUCUUUGGCCCUCCAGUGUCUUGCCAUGUCCCUUUAUGUAGCUCUAGAGAGAAGCCAGUUGGUAAAGGAACCCUGAGUUGUAGUUCAUGGGGGUCAAUCUGUGAGACACAGCGGAGCAGGGCCAGGGCGGGCUCACACACGUGCUGUGCACACACGGCAUUUGUCGGGGCAGGCUUUGUCUCUCUCCCUUUUUUGAUGGGACAAGAGAAUGAACUCUUGGUCGAGGGAAUUUUUUAUGGUCUUUAAAUUCUCAUUUUUUUGCUUCCUUAUGAAACAUGAAAUUCUUCUUUAAAAUGGUGAGCUCUUUGAAGGCAGGAGUCUUAUCACCUGGGAUCUGCUUCAGUUCUAACCUUCCUUUCCAGGAUUUCUAAAUAAGGGUUUCCCUAACAGACUCUGCUGAGGGGGUUCCAUUUUGUGAUGAGAAAGUGCUUCAGAGGAAGCCUCUCCCUGACAGACCUGAUUGUUAGGUGGCAUCGUGUGGAUGGGCGCUGCGACGCUGAUGUCGCUUUUUUCACACAUGGUAAAAGCCUCCGAUGCAGAUGCAGGACUCUAUGGCUUUGUUGAGUAUUUUCUUUAUGCUGGAUUCCAAAGCUACGAAGCACCUCAAGCAUUUCAGAUAGACCCACAUGAUGGGCGCAUCUGUGUUUCUCAAGACACUGACAGGGAAAGAGAUCCAGCCACCUAUGAUCUCUUGGUGAAAGCUAAGGAUGGGGGUGGACUCAGUGCCCAAGCUUUUGUUCGUGUGGAACUGGAGGAUGUAAAUGAUAAUGAACCUGUGUUUAACCCAUUAACCUAUGUGACGAGCCUUAGUGGCCAGGCGCAGCUGGGCACCGAAGUCGUCCAUGUUCUUGCCACAGACAGGGAUUCUGGAAAGUAUGGAGCAGUGGCCUAUGAGCUCGUCCUUGGAGACCUGUCAUCCUUUUUCACCAUCGACUCCACCACAGGGAUUAUUUACUUAACAUCAACUCUUAGUCAUUUGGAAUCCACCACACUUCUGCUGAUGGUCUGUGCUCGAGAUGGUGGUGGGCUCACAUCUGUCACUAAUGCUGAAGUCACCAUACAUAUUCUCCAGACGACUCUGGCACCUGCUGAAUUUGAAAGGCCUAAGUACACUUUCUCUGUUUAUGAAGAUGUGGCUGAAGACAGUCCUGUGGGAACAGUGAAAGCUAAAGAGUCCUUGAAUUCCUCCGAGCCAAUUUUUUAUAGGAUCUCCUCUGGCAAUCUGGACGGCACGUUCUCCAUUCACCCAUGGCUGGGCACCAUUCGAACCCAGAAGCCUCUGGAUCACGAAGCGCAGCCCGUGGUUGUGCUUACCGUCCAGGCACAGCUUGGCAGCUCCCCCGCCUGCAGCAGCACAGAGAUCAAUAUAACCGUCAUCGAUGUCAAUGACAACCCCCCGGUGUUUCCCAAAGCCUCCGAUGAGGUUACAGUGUCUCAGAGCACGCUGCCUGGCACAGCCCUAUACCGUGCCCGUGCAGAAGACAGAGACAGCGGGCUCAACGGGCUCCUCCGCUACUCCAUUGCGCGCCAGAGCCCGAGCCUCUUUUCCAUGGACGCGGGGCUCGGCGUGGUGUACCUCAACCGGAGCCUGUCUGGCGCUCAGCCGCAGGCGUGCACGCUGACCCUGGUGGCCCAGGACCUCGGCGUUCCUUCUCGGGCCUCCCUGCUGGUGCUGACAGUCAUUAUCGCGGGACAGGAGCGAAGCCCGUCUUUGAUGUUUGAGCAUUUGGUCUAUCAAGUGGAAGUGAGUGAGUCGCUCUCGCCAAUGACCCCAGUCCUGCGCAUUCGGGCCCACCCAUUGGGCCCGCAGGGAGCUCCCCCGCAGCUCGUGUACUGGUUGGAGCCCAGCACGGAUUCCGCUGCGUUUGGCGUCCAUCCUUUCACAGGUUGGAUUUAUUUGCGGCGACAGCUUGACUAUGAAUCCACGCAAAUGUAUAAUUUUAGAGUUUUUGCCUGGAUCCCAGAGGACAAAUUGUCACAAAAUGUGAGCACUUCAGUAACUGUUCAUGUCCUGGAUGAGAAUGACAAUUCCCCUACCUUCUGGCACGAGGUACUGUUUUUGAAAGUCCAGGAGAGUCCUAUGCCCCAAGGGGUAAUAGGCAAAAUCACAGCAAUUGACAGAGACUCCGGAAAGAAUGGACAGCUAUCAUAUUUCCUUUUGUCCGAUGAAAAAUUCUUCAAGAUGAAUCCUAAUACAGGGGAGCUGAUCAGCUGGGUGGCCCUGGAUCACGAGCAGCGCGCGCACCACCAGGUCGCCGUCCUGGUGAGCGACCACGGCUCCCCUCCGCGCAGCGCCACCACGCUGGUGCAUGUCUCAGUUACUGACAUCAAUGACAACAGGCCGUAUUUCCCACAGUGCCUCGCUGGGAAGGAACUGUACAUCAAGGUUCUGGAAGGUCAGCCAGUAAAUAUGUUGGUUACAACUGUGUUUGCAAAGGAUCUUGAUGAGGGAAACAAUGCAGAAGUUAUAUAUUCGGUAUCUUCAGAAGAUAGUUCUGAUCACUUCAAGAUUGAUGCCAACAGUGGUGAAAUAAGAACGACUCGAGCACUUUCACACGAUUACGGACCUUCUUACAGGGUGACUGUAAUUGCCAGUGACCAGGGAGUGCCUCCUCUUCAAGGACAGGCAGUUAUUAAUAUUCAGGUGAUACCACUAUCCAAAGGGAGAACUGUCAUUUCUCAGAAUAUUAGACAUUUAGUUAUACCAGAAAACUUGAAGCCUACAAAAGUAAUGAGCUUGAUAAAGUCACCUGAUCACCUUCAACGACAGCAUGGUGGAAAGUUGCAUUUUAGUAUCGCUGCAGAUGACAAGGAUGGUCACUUUGAAGUGGACAGCUCAACAGGAGACUUGUUCCUCUGUAAGGAACUGGAUUAUGAAAUGAUGUCUCAUUAUCUUUUCAGGGUGGUAACUAAAGACCAUAGCAGAAACCCUCCUGUGAAUAGCACAGUCUUCCUGAGUGUUGCUGUGGAAGAUCAGAAUGACCAUUCCCCAUCUUUCCGGGAGGAGUUCAUUGUGAUAAGUGUAGCAGAGAACACCCCUGUUGGCACUCUGGUGCACAUCUUCAAUGCCAAAGAUGGUGACGGCAGUUUUUUGAACAGUAGAAUACAGUACUUCAUUGAAGCCAACCACCCUGGAAUGAAUCCAUUUCUCAUCCACCCCUCAUCUGGCACUUUGGUCACCACGUCUCCCCUUGACAGAGAGAGAGUUCCAACUGUUGUCCUGACAGUAACCGCAUCGGACCAGGCUGUGAACGUGACGGACCGGCGAUUGAGAUCACUGAUGGCGAAGGUAGUGAUUCUGGAUGUGAAUGACCACAGUCCCACUUUUACGUCUUUCCCCAUCGCCUAUGUCAGAGAGGAUGCUGCAGUGGGCUCCUUGGUGCAUCGCAUAACUGCUCAAGAUCCAGAUGCAGGAAGGAAUGGAAGAGUAACAUUUAGCAUCCUCUCAGGAAAUGAAAACAUGGCCUUUAUGCUAGAUGAGUCAUCAGGUUUUCUAACUACUGCUUCUCCUUUGGAUUAUGAGAUAAAAAGUCAGCACAUUCUGACCCUUCUGGCACUGGAUGGUGGUACACCAACACUUUCUUCAUCCCAGACUUUGACAAUUACUGUUCUUGAUGUAAAUGAUGAGGCCCCAGUAUUUAAGCAGCACCUGUAUGAAGCUUCAGUUAAAGAAAAUCAAAAUCCAGGAGAGUUUGUCACAAGAGUUGAAGCUGUGGACAGAGAUUCAGGAAUUAAUUCCAAGCUUCAGUUUGAAAUUAUGCCAGGUGCUUCAUUCAUGUUGUUCCAGAUAAAUUCUGACACUGGGGAGGUAGUGACGGCCACCACGCUUGACAGAGAAGUUCAGGAAGUCCUCACCCUUCGAGUACUCGUACGUGACGGGGGAGCCCCUGCUCUGUCCGGGACCACAGUGAUUCUCUGCACAGUGAGAGAUGAAAAUGACCACGCACCAGAGAUUGUUGUCCCCAGGGAUGACAUUGAGGUUCUGGAAAACCAAGAGCCAGGCCUUGUCUACACCUUCCUGGCUUCUGAUAUGGAUGCUGGCAGCAAUGGAGCUGCCACGUAUCAUAUAAUCGAUGGAAAUACUGAUGAGUACUUUGCUAUUAAUGAAAUGUCGGGAGAACUCUCAACCACUCGCGCUUUGGACCGGGAGGAAGUCAGCAACUUCACCCUCCUCAUCCUGUGCUCGGAUCUGGGGAGCCCGCCGCAAAGCUCCACGGCGCAGCUGCAGGUCAGAGUUCUGGAUGACAACGACCACAGCCCUUCCUUCCCCAGGCUGCAGUACCAGGCUUCUGUGAGAGAGGACGCACAGGUGGGAACCACGGUUCUCGUGCUCUCCUCCGCUGACGAGGAUGAGGGCCUGAACGGGCAAACCAUGUAUUCUCUGGUGCAUGAGGCUUCCGGGGCGUUCACCAUCGACCCUGUAGCAGGCACACUGAGAACCAGCCGCGCCCUUGACCGGGAAGCCAGGUCUGAGCACGUAUUGAAGGCUGUGGCUAGAGACUGUGGUGUCCAAGGCUCACGAAGCACCACGGUGGUUAUAAAAGUACAUGUCACUGAUGUUAAUGACAACAGUCCAGUUUUGGAACAGAACCCCCUUGAUAUUUUUCUUUCCUCUCAGUCACCUACAAACCAAACAGCUGCCAUCCUCAGAGCCAGUGACCCAGACUCGGGGCCCAAUGGCACCGUCACGUUCAGCUUCGCAGAGCCCCAGUCAAUGCUUUCUAUUAAUGAAUACACAGGAGCCAUUCAACUUCAGCAAAUUCCGUCUUCAGAAUAUUUUCCUAUUUGGCUGCAGUUAAAAGCUGUGGAUCAAGGGGUCCCAGCUAGGACAACCACUGGUCUCCUGGUCAUUCACAUGGAAGGAGAAGAUGUAAGGAUCUCCUUCAGCCAGCAUCUGUAUAAAGGGAUCGUGCCUGAAAAUUGUGAGGCAGGUACUUCUAUUGUGACUAUAAAAGCUUUUGCUCCAGACUCAAUUCGGGACAGUAUUAAAUAUUCAGUUUUUAGUGGAAAUGAAGAUGGAGUUUUUUCCUUGUGUUCUAAAUCAGGAGAAGUUACUGUGAAAGAACCCAAGUUUCUUGAUUUUGAAGUCAGAAAAGAAGUUCAACUCAUCGUUUUAGCUGAAAGUAGGGGGCAUAGAGCCUACAGCAAAGUAGCGGUCUUUAUCCAAGAUCUGAACGAUCAUCCACCACACUUUGACCAAAGCGUUUACCAAGUAUCAGUGUCUGAGGGCCAGUUCCACAAUCAUCACAUUGUACAGGUGUUUGCCACAGACCUGGACAGUGGGUCGAAUGGCCUCGUUGAGUAUUCCAUUCUCUCUGGCAACCAAGGAAACGUGUUCCAAAUGGAUCCACUGAGUGGUGUGCUAACAGCAAGUGUGAUUCUGGAUUACGAGUACACCAGCGCCUACAGUUUGAUUGUACAAGCAACAGAUAAAGGCAUGCCCAGGCUUUCUGAUACAACUGUGAUCAAGAUACAGGUGACUGACAUAAAUGACAAUGCCCCAACUUUUCUCCCCUCUGAAGCAGUGGAAAUUGCCGAAAAUUCUUUGCCUGGCACGAUUGUGACUCGGAUAUCAGUUUAUGAUGUGGAUUCGAAUCCAGCUUUCACCUUCAGUUUUGUCAAAGAGAGUAAUUCUGGAACCAAGUUUGCUAUUGAUCGGAACACUGGGGUAGUGGUGCUGGUUGAAACACUGGAUUUUGAGGAAGCUACUAAAUAUGAGCUGCAGAUCCAAAUUUCAGAUUUGGCACACCAAACAGAGGGGACAGUCACUGUCCAUGUGCUGGACGUCAACGAUAACCCACCAGUAUUUUCUCAGGAUUCUUACCAGGUCACCAUUUCUGAACUGGUGCCUCUGGGGCAUCCAGUGCUGACCGUUGUGGCCACAGACGUGGAAAGCAGUGAGAACAUGACUUACAGGAUCCUCUCCUCUUCCAAGAUGUUUUCAGUUGAUCCUACCAAUGGCACAAUAUUUACUAUCAAUCCUGUCUUCCUUAUGGAGAGAAAAUCAACAAUUCGAUUUCUUGUUGAAGCCAGUGAUGGUGGAUUCCCUGACCUGAAGGCUGUUACCUUAGUGGAGACAGAAAUACAAGAUAUGAACAAUUAUGCCCCUGAGUUUGCAAUAGAAUAUUAUAAUCUUAGCUUAAGUGAAGACACUCCAGUUGGAAGCACACUUGUCACCUUCUCAACCAUUGACUGUGACUGGACCCGUGAAAACACACAUGUUGAAUAUUCUAUCAUCAGUGGUAAUUCACAGAACAAUUUCCAUGUGGAAACUAGUUUUAUUCAUUCAGAAUAUUCUUAUAAGCAAGUUGGUUAUCUAGUGUUGCUUCACCAUCUGGACAGAGAAGCAACUGCCAGUCAUGAGCUUGUCCUUCUGGCAUUUGACCAUGGUUGCCCUCCACUGAGUUCCUCAGCCACUGUAUCAAUAGAAGUCCUCGAUGUGGAUGAUAACCCACCUGCAUUCAGCAGUCUGGAAUAUUAUGCCCACAUCAAGGAAAGUGCCCCUCCAGGGAGUCCCAUCAUUGUGGUCUCAGCGAGUGACCGUGACAUGGGCUCACAUGCGGAAGUCAGCUACUACUUAACCUCUGGAAAUGAGAAGCAGCAUUUUUGCUUAGAAGAAAAAACUGGAGUUCUUUCUUUGAUUAAACCACUAGAUUAUGAAGAAACGAUAAAAUUUAUUUUAACUGUCCAAGCUUCAGAUGAGGAAAGGAAGCAUUUCUCUUUUGCAAUUGUGUUUGUCAAUGUCCUGGAUGAUAAUGAUCAUGCACCUCAGUUUAUGUUCCCAAACUUGAACUGUGCUGUUCCUGAAAAUCUACCUGUUUUCUCCACCAUAUGUUCUGUAAAUGCUUUGGAUUUUGAUGCAGGUCCUUAUGGAGACAUGACCUAUUCUAUUGUAUCACCCUGUCCUCUCCCUCAUGAAACGCCACAUGAUCAUAACUUCUUCCUCAUUGACCCUUUAACAGGGGAUAUUAGUGCCCAGCAAGUCCUUGACUAUGAAAAUGACAACAAAUACUGCCUCAUAGUUCAGGCCAAAGACAAGGGUGACUCAACAGCCUCCUUAGUGGUUUGGGUGGAUGUUGAAGGGAUAGAUGAGUUUGAACCCAUUUUCACUCAGGAUCAAUAUUUUUUCAACCUCCCAGAAAAGAGUCAUGUAAGACAUUUGAUUGGCAGAGUGGAAGCAUCAGAUGCAGAUGCUGGUGUUGACGGAGUCAUCCUUUACUCCCUUGAAACUCCAUCUCCUUUCUUUUCAGUAAAUAAAACUAAUGGAAAUAUUUAUUUGAGUAGAGCACUUCCCCUAAUAAAAAGUCAAGUUGGCAAAGAAGACACCAUUGAAAUGAAGAUAAUUGCUCAUAGCCCCAAAAUGGACUCCAAGUUUACAUCUUGUACUGUUUUUGUGAAUGUGUCUUUUUCCUCAGAAGGGAAACAUUCUGCAGGAUCAGCUAGCAGCUUUUUGAUCAGUCUCACCAUCUCCUUUCUAGUGUUUUUGUUGCUUGUCUUCAUUCUAAUUGUACUGCUUUUAAAACAUAAACAAAAAGAUGCAAUAAAUAAUUAUGAAGAAAAGAAAAUGUCAUCAUCCUUAGAUAUCAAUUUGAGACUGACCAGGGAUGCCAGUGCACUGAAACCCUUCCAGAAAACUAAUGAAAGCGGUGAUAAGGCAGUGCCUGUGGACUCCACACCUGAAUGGUUGAGUUUAAUAAGAGUCAUGGAGAAGGACAUUGCACAUCUGUAUAGGCACUCAAACUCCAGUGAUCACUGUUCUGUGGAAGGAGAGACAGCAGAAGAUAAGGAAAUCCAGAGGAUAAAUGAACACCCUUACAGAAAGGAUGAUGACUCAACUUUGAGUGAUCAGGAGUCCAGGGUGCCAGACUCUGGGAUUCCAAGGGACUCAGACCAGCUCUCUUGUUUGUCUGGGGGAACUGAUGUGAUGGUCACUGCUGAAACAGCAGAAACCAGCCAUAUGUUUGAGGAAGGAGAUCAAGGAGAGGGCCGUGGCAUGACCUAUGUUCAAAAUAAUGUCUUACCCCAGCCACUGAAGAAGAGAGAGGUAAAAGUGGACACCCAGACUGAUGUCAGAAAAGAGACUGUCUUUAUUUCAAGUGAUCAGGAAGCAGGAUGUGCAGCUCUCUCAGCCCAGAAAGACUCUGAUCAUGAUGUCAUGAUGAGAUAUCCCUGGGAUUAUCUCCUUAGUUGGGAACCCAAAUUCCAACCUCUUGCCUCAGUAUUUAAUGAUAUUGCAAAACUAAAGGAUGAGCAUUUACAUAUGCCUGGCAUUCCAAAAGAGAAGAAAUCUUUUGUUUUUCCACCCCCUUUGAUAACAGCAGUUGCCCAACAUGGGAUUAAAGCAGUUCCACCAAGAAUGCCAGCCAUAACUUCAAGGCAGGUACUUCAGAAAUACCCACACUCCCCCAUUCGCUAUCAUCACAGUUCUCUGCCAGAAGACAUGACUCUCAGUUUUUCCCCAUCUCUUUCACUACUGACCACACAGACCCCUGCCAUGACUCCCCUGCUGUCAGAUGGAGAAUUAUUUGGGACACAUUUGAGUGGUUCUUGCCUUGAACCUAAAGCAGCAGAUGGAGUUCAAAUAUAAAACAAUGGUGAUAUCGAGCACCUGCUCCCCAUUGGUCACGAAUGACUGGACAAAACAUUCCAAAGCAAGCUCCUUGAGAUGAGGUUCAUUCAUCUACAAGUGAGGGGUAUAAUUUAGUCUGGGUUUUUAGAACCCUCUCAUUUAAGUUUAUCAAAUUUAUUUCAGCCUUAAUGAUAAGUUACUCUGUCUUUUAACCUCUACGUUUUGCUGUCAGGAUUCAAGUUUGUAUAUAUUAAGUAGUGUAUAUUCUACCAUACCUGGUCUUCUGUAUGGCUAGAUUUCCAAAGGUCACAGUGAACUUGACUGACUGCCAAAAUGUUUAUAUGAAAAAGAAUGGAAAUAUAAUAUACUGCAUUUUGGUCACAUUACUGCUGAUUAUACUGCUAUUUAUAAAGCAAAAUUAGUAAAGACUGAAUAAAGAAUGAGUGUAGGACAGAAAGUAACAGAGAGGGAAAAUUUGGAAGGAUAAACAAGUUAUAAAAUGAAGCAAUUGGCUGCAGAUCUGAUAUAGUUGAAAAUGCGUUUCUCCACUUCCUCCAUAAAGCACACUUGUGGAGGUUAGCCAUAAUUUGAAUUUAGUAGGGUGUCUUUUGGAAAUCUAAUGAGAACUUAAGAGUGAAAUUUGUCAUAACUCUGUGUCAAAUAAAACAAAUUUAUUCUUGAUUAAAUGAACCAGAAAUGCAUGUUUUAAAUGAAGAGCUAGUACUGAUAAAGCAAUAAGUGUGUGGUUGUCUGCCACCAAAGAUGUGUUUCCUUGGCCUUCUUUAAAAAUAAAAUGAUCUUGUAACGUGGUACAGAUACAGACUUUAACCUUUAAAGAUUAAUUUGAAUAUAUUUCUUCAUGUUCUUCUACAAACAGUAACUUUAUAUGAGAAAUAAUUUAUCCACUCAAUGUCAGUUUAAGAGGUUUUACACAGGUAAAAUUAUGUUAUUUGCUGAUAAUAAAUUUCAUAUAAUAAUUUAGCAACAUAUUUUAAUGAUUUUAUGUAAAUAUUCUUAUAAAAGUAAAUAAUAGAUGUCAGAAGUCUUUAUUCCAUUUGUUCAUACUUAUAUUUAGUUUUAAUAGUCAUUAGAUAUAGCAGCUUGUCAACAUGGUUAAAAUAAUUUUGUUUUGUACAGCUACUGGUUCAGAAAUAUAGUGGUGUAGUUUGGUGCUCAUAUAUGUAUAUACCGCUAUCUCUUUCUGUCUGAUGAACCAGAGAAUUCAUCAGAGAUUCUUAUCCCUUCCAAGAAAGCAGAGCACAUCUUGAUGAGGCUUGUCCAGAAGUCAUCCAAGGUAGGUAAUGUGGCCAGGCUUUGAAAGAAGAGUUUAGGAGUCUAACAUCGAGUCUAGAGGGCAUCUGGUGUGGUUUUCUUAGCAGUUACUAUGGGAUUCAGCUAGAGAAACAUUUCCUUUAUGUUUUCUUUCAGUAGGCCUCAUCUGUAAAGUUAUGUGAGAUAACUAAUGUGUCUUUACUGAGAAACACUGUAAGAUGACAUGUUUGAUAUCUAGUUUUGCAGAUAAAUAAUUCUGAGGCUUCCUGUGCUGAUUUUAUCAGUUAUAUACUAGAAGUUGUAUGAAACACGCAGGUUUUUUAAGAGGGCUGGAAUCCUAGGGAAAGUGAUUUAGGUAUGGAACAAGUAAAUAGUAAAAGAUGAAUGCCUGUCUCUCUUUUUCUCUGGCAUCUGGAGAAGAAGAUUUCAUAGUUUUUUAUAAAGAUGAUAAUAACAGUUAUUUCAGCAUUCCAAUGUUUAUUCUCUCUUUGAUUUCCUUCAAAAGAUUUCUUUGAGCAUAUGAAGAAAUACUAUACUGAUUUCCUCUUCUAACUGUUAGGUAGUUAGAAUCGGAAACAGAAGUCCAGAAUGGGGGUGGCCAAAAGACAAGAAAGGGAAAAGCCCGCAAAAAUAGAACAAGGGAAGGUCUGAGGACCAGAGUGAGGACCUCAGGUAGAACAAACAGCACUCCUGGCUAGCCCAAUUUACAUAGGGCAGGCCCAGGGGGAGGAAAAAACAUAUAAAAAUGUGCCCUCAUGCUUCGAGGAUGGAUUUGCCCCCUAUUUUCUAAAUAAAAUAGAGCUGUAACAGAGCUGUAACACUGAUUUGUCUAAGAGCUGUAACACAGUCUGUCCAGGACCUGAGAGCUGUGACGUGCCAAGGGCUUUAAUGUCCAUCACCCCAAAUCUUUGUUGUGACGAGACAGAACUGAGGAGCGUACACUCACCUGACAUAACUAUACACGGAAGUUUUGUUUGGCAACAGAAUUAUUUCUUGUAACAAAGACCAUUUUGUUGUUUUUAAUUAAACAGGUUCUUCAUUACUUAUGCUUAAAAAGUUAUCUAUCUAACUCUUCCAUAAGUUAUGUGCCUGUGAUUUUAUUACUCAUUCUGGACAUGAUUCUGCAUGUUUCCUAAACAUUUAAUAAAAACAGAAGACAUGAAAUAUUUAGUGCUAUUCCUUACCAACGUCUAGUGGAUUUUUAAUUGAUGACUUUAUUAAUACAGUAUCCAUGCUGCACCACCUCCGAAUGACCGUUACAGUAGAGUUGAGAGUAAAAAUGUGAACAUGCUGGUUAAGUGUUUGCAAUAAGUCAUAUGUCAGCCCUUUCAACUAGAGUGCUUUUUUCCUAAGUAAACAAUAUAAUUUGUACGGUUUUCCUUCAAGUUUAAUAUUAACUUGCCUCAUAUGUUCUGUGUUACUUUGCUGAUCUACACACCAGCUUUCGCACUCUGGAGGGGGUACAGAACUUGUUAGUGGAAAAUCAUAUUAAGCCCCAAAUUCAUAAGCUAUAAAAUAAAAGACAGUUGUCUCUUGUGGAAUUUUGGCUGACUGAAAUUCUGGACUUUCUUGUUGGCAGCCUUAAAAAUACUGGUGUAAAUCAGGACCAAAUGAAUAUCAAGAUUCCAUGUCCUAGUAGUAAUCAUUGAAUUAGCUUCCAAAA